CAUGGCCAAGGGUUAAAAAAAAAAAAAAACAAGCACCCACUUGCCCACGGCAAAGCCGGCAACGCCACGCGAGAAAUUCCGUCUCAAGCAGAGCGCAGCAGCACGUGCGCGCAGGCCACAGCCCCGAUCGACAAGCCGGCCGGCCGAGCAGGCACACCGCACGCGCGCAUGCCUCCUCACAUGGCGGCGAUCUCGCACCGGAUCGCAGCAGGGUCGGGCCCGCGCGUCGCCGUUGCUGCGCCGCCUCGCCCGCGGGCCGUGGUCGUGGGAGCUGCGGCGAAGGGCGCACAUCGGGAGCGGACGCUGGAGGGCGCGAGCGACGACCUGAGGGCCGCCGCGGCGCAGAGCCUGGACUGGGCUCCCGCGCGGCGCCGGGUGCGGGCCGCCUUCGCGCCCGUGCUCCCCACGCUCGACCACUGCCUCUUCAAGAUGGCUCCCAAGGAAAUCCAGAUGGAAGAGAAUUACCAGACCAAUUCAAAGGGCGUUGAAAUAUUCUGGAAGAGCUGGCUGCCAAGAGAGGGCACUGCAAUUAAGGCUGCACUUUUCUUCUGCCAUGGAUAUGGGGAUACCUGCACUUUCUUUUUUGAAGGGAUUGCUAAGAGGAUAGCUGCUGCUGGUUAUGCAGUUUAUGCUAUGGAUUAUCCUGGUUUUGGCAUGUCAUAUGGUCUCCAUGGCUAUAUUGCAAGCUUUGAUGGAAUGGUGGACCAUGUCAUUGAACAGUAUGCACGAAUAAGAGGCAUGAAGGAAGUGUGUGAGCUGCCACACUUUCUCUUAGGACAGUCAAUGGGAGGUGCAGUUGCCCUGAAAGUACACUUAAAGCAACAAAAAGAAUGGGACGGUGUGCUUCUUGUCGCACCUAUGUGCAAGAUUUCAGAAGAUGUAACACCACCUGCACCUGUAUUGAAGGCACUGAGCAUAUUGUCAUGUCUUCUUCCUGAGGCGAAGUUAUUUCCGCAGAAAGAUAUAGGGGAUUUGGCAUUUAGAGAUCCAAGGAAAAGGAAAGUAGCUGAGUACAAUGCCAUCUCAUAUUCUGACCAAAUGAGAUUAAGAACAGCAGUCGAACUUUUAAAAGCCACGAAGGACAUUGAAUCACAGUUGGAGAAGAUCUCCUCCCCAUUGCUGAUUCUUCAUGGAGCCGCAGACAUGGUAACCGAUCCUCAAGUCAGCAAAUUCCUUUAUGAGAAAGCCAGCGCGAAGGACAAGACCCUCAAGCUCUAUGAAGGCAGCUACCACUCAAUCUUAGAGGGAGAGCCAGAUGAACGGAUUUCAACUGCCAUUAGCGACAUCAUUUCAUGGCUAGAUUCACACUGUUAAAUAACUUGUGUCUAUAGCCUCUCAUGUCCUCAUCCAUUGUUUUGGAUUUAUAGUUUCUUAGGGUACUACGGGACUAUAGUUUAAUUUUGCCAUGGUGUGCACAGAAUAAGUAUCUCUCGAAUUUAAUUAAUUUUGUGUUUGCUAUCUUGACGUUGUUAAGUGUUUUUGCCGUAAUUGCGGACACCGCACUGUAUAAUUUC